AUGGUCCGCGUGUACAGCUAUAUCCUUCGAUGCGACUCUUGUGGCAACUACGGCCCCUUUGGCUGGUUAUAUCGCUGCUCCCAGGAUCAGGAGGAAAUCCUGCGCGAUUCCAUUCUCAGCGGAGACGAGGUGAGGUGGAAACCAUCCAAGGCCAGAGACGACGCUGAUAGGGUUAAGGUCACAUUCGAUGACUUGGGCAGGAAGCUUAUAGCAACUAUACAGCCGAGGAACCGCGGUCCUGAAAAACGGUCUGGAAAUGCCGCCUGCUUCCUUGAGGAGAUGCCUCCGAGGGACAUCACAACCACCUACACCAGUAACCAGCUUCUGACUAUCUUUAACCAACGCAAACAUCUUGGAGACAUUCUCCGUCAAGAGUCGUUCCGAAAGAACCCGACAUCUACGGAAGAGCACGAAGGUGCUCGCCAGUGCAGCACUUACGAUUUAGACGAUAUCCUGGGCCGCAGCGUAUCAACUCCCUGGGUUCCCAACGCCAAAGAUGAGUGCAAAUACAAGAUAUGCCCUUAUUGCCGCCCUGGUGGAGCGGACCGAGCAUAUAUCAGUCUUGACGGUGUCGCAGAGGGCAGCAUUCCUGCUACGGCAGCUACCGGAUAUGGAUUCCAUCUCUUCCGCCAGAGACCCAUCUGCAGCUCCAGUCUAGUCGCCAAUCUAGGUUUACGACCAGCUUCAGCGCCAGCAAGGGCUCCUGGGCCUGCCUUCUCCCGUACAUCGUCGGCUGCGAGUAAUGAUAUUACUAACGACGCACGACUGGCGAGCCAGCUAGCUUCGCAGCUCGAUCCUACGGACAUGGCUAAUGACACGAGGAUCAUGUCAUCUUACCCUCUCCCACACGCCCAAUUGCCCCGGUCGCCAGGCUCCCCAAACCUUGCCGUCCAGGCUACAGGCCGCCAGGAGACUGGUGAGAUAGAUUCGUCCUGGCAGGAUACUACAGCCUCCACUAUAGGCCUGCCGGCUGCCGCGAGUGCCCGGCGGCUUAGUGGGGAUGCCACUGCGAUGGAGGAGCACGAGAAGGAAAAGGGCAAGUUUCUCGCAAAGCCUCUAGAGGUUGCGCAUGGAGUGGCCGUCUCGGAAGAAGGCGUGGAGAGGCAUGCUCCGGAUCUUGUGACUCAGGUCUGA